AUAUUUUUGUAUGGAUUAAGUACAUACAUGUAUAUUGUUUUGUUAUUCAAAUAUAUUGUAUGUAUUAUGUUAAACAAAAAUUCAAAAUUCGAAUAUGUGCAAUCAUCAGAUAAAAUCACAUGGUCUGGACUAGUAAACAAGCCGGGAGCCAAUACCAACAGCUUCAAAAUGAACACGUGACUACAUUUGGCACUGUCAUUGUGGUAGUGUGUAUAUAUGUAUUUUUAUAUAGGUAUUAUAUAUAACUUCCUUGUUUGGGUAUUCUCGGAACUCGCGCUCACACAUUAACGGACCACUUGGAGUGUUCGUAGCCAAGAUAUACAAGUGUAUGGCGUCCAUACAGCGUACAGGUGCAUUCAUAACAACAUAAACGCUAACCAUUAACUUCAGAAUGGAGAGGUAUAAUCGCCAUAAUGAUAGAGGUUCUCCUCCGUCCGUGUACCCUGGACAUGCACGGCCGUACACCUCACCAGAGGACAAAGGCCGUACCCGUCUUGAAAGACCUGCAUCCGGCUCUAAAUCAACCCGACCUGGACGUAACCGAAAGCCAGACGAUGAUUAUAGGCAGGAUAAGGGGCCAUCAACUUCAUCGGCGAGCAAUAGCGAGCUCAGUGAUCUGCGGAAGCUUCUUCAUGUCGCCUCCGAACUACAGAAGAUAGACUUAGAAGCAGCUUUACAUAUUUACCAAGGGCUAAUGAGAGAGACUAAAAAUGACCAGCAAAUGAAAUCAGAGGAAACGUACCUCAAACAACUAGCUUCUGGGACUGAUCCGGAUGUCACGACAGGUCUGGAGAAACAGAUGGAUGCUAUACUAAACGAGAAUGAGAAAUUGAAACAAGAAAAAGGUGCUUUUUUGAACAUAUGCAACGAGAUGAAGGAAGCGAUGGAAAGUAUGAAGACGGAAAGCAAACAACGUGCAUCAGAUUUAAAGAGGAAAGAAGAAGAAUUAAAGAAGCUGAAGGAAGAGAAAGAUUCCCUUAAUACAGAGAAAAAUGAGGCAUUGACCAGAUUGAGUAAGGAGUUGGGGAUGAAACUGACUGACAACAACCCGGCGAUCGCUGACCUGAGUGACCCCAACAGAGCAAUGAAGAUUGGUGAGAAGUACAGCGAGCUGUAUGACAACGAGUGGACUGACGCCCUGGAUAUUCUGUGUGCUGAUGGUUCUAACGAAGAAAGUAACGUGAGAAAAUUGUUGGAUGUUUUUAAGAAAUGUUAUGAACUGUGUGUUGAGGUGUCAGAAAAACAGAUGGCUUCGUUACAAAUGGUUUUACUUAACCCGGGAACUCCUGCAAACUACUACAGUAAACAAGCUUGGAGUGAAGAGAGCGGCCCAUUGAUAGCCAAAACAUCAUACAAACAGCUGAAAGACAUUCGGAAAGUGGUUUCGCAGUCAGCUGUUGAUAAUAUCUAUAAGGAGCAUGCACAUACAAAGAUUGGAUGGAUUGAAAAAGAUAUUCCUACUUUCGUCAAAAAAUGUAUUGAAGUGUGUUGGCUGAUGUGCGUCUUAGACCCUCCUGUUGUUAUAGGAAGUGACGCAGUUGUCGGCAGUACAUUUGAUACCAAUGUGUAUAAGAAUUACACCAACUCCGGAACAACCACAUCCUACACAGUUUGGCUACCUUUGUUCCUAUACAAAGGUGGUCCACUGUUAAUAAAAGGGGUUGUGCAACCGAUUAAAGAAAGAAAGGCAAGAAAGCGCACCGAAGAAACAAAGCCGAAGAAACCAGUCGUAGCCACACGACUACAAAACCGCUUUGAAGAAACCGAUCGUUCUACAUAUAGUCGUACAGGUACAGCCACGAAAUCCACCAUAUCGUACGAAAAACCGAAACUUGAUAGAAAGGGGACGACAGCGCCAAGCGAGAAACACAACAACAGUUCUUAUGCCAAGAGAAACUACGAAGAACAUCGCGUUACAAAUGAACUGGAAAAUAGAGCUUCUCCAGUCAGUGUUUCGAUUCAAAGUAACUACAGAAGCCAUCAGGAUACUUACAGGGUACCAACAACAACAAACUAUCACCAGGAUGUUGUAAACAGUCAUUUUAGACCAUAUCAAUUCGAGUACAACGGGAAGUAUUAUGUUCAUUACAAUGGAUCGGAAUAUCCUUUAAAUGAAUAUCUGAGAAUAUAUGGAACAACCAGAGGGGUGUCUGAUCUUUAGUUGCGACGUUGACUAAUACAAAACCACUUUUGGUCGCAAAAAAAUGUUAGUUACAUUUUCAUCGUUUAUUUAAUAUAUGGCUUGUAUAUCAGGAUCUAAUAAGAUUUAAUAUAGAUAUAAUUAAGAUUUAUUGUGAUUUUUAUCCAGUCCAGUACAGUUACCUUGUCAUUAUAAAUUUCAACUGCCCUGUGUUGUUAAAUAGUCAGCCUAUUAAACAUGUAUUGGAUAGUAAAUACCACCCUCCUAAAUAUGUCUACAUAUUAACUGGACUGUUGCGAGGAGGUUAACCCCAUAAAAAACCCAUAACAAAUCCUAAAUAUGCUACGGUAAAUAAACUGUCGGCAAAUCUAUUAAAACAAACUUCAUUAUUCCUUGUUAAACAAUCGUUCCAUUUUACUCUAUACAUCCUUAAAUGAACAAUUAAGUAAUGUCUUUCACGUUAUUUUCAUGGAAUUGUACUCCGAUAAUCAUUAUGAAGUAGUUAUGGUGAAUUUUUGACUAAUUUUUUAAUGUAUUGCUGUUAUACGAUUUUGACAUCAAGGUGCAUAUUUAUUAAAAAUAUAUAUAAUUAAUGAAUAUGAUAUGUAGUUGUGUUUCCCAGGUGAAAUCCACACGAUAAAUACACUCAUAAAUAUCAUCAUUAUAUAAGAAAACAUUCAUUGAUUUUUCGCCGAUUUUUAAUCUCAGCAGAACAUAACAACUAGAUAAAAUAGUGUUCUGAAUUUAAAUAAGGUUCACAACGACUACCCAUGUCCUCUAAAUUCCUGGUGUUUCGCUCAUGUACAACUUAUGCGAGAGUGCGCUUAUAAAGAACUUCCUUGUACAAUGAAAGUGGGGUGACUGUUGCUUGCAAUAGUUAUGUUAGUUGGUUUGUUUUUAAAUAGUUUAGGAAUGGGAAGAUUUCUUUAAAAUCUGACUUUCGUUUUUAGAAUGGAAAGAUUUCUUUAAAAUCUGACUUUCGUAUUUGAAGAUAUAUUACAUGUAUAAAUGCAAUUACAUUGAAACCGACCAUAUUAAUUUUUAAAAAGUAUCUCAACCAUUGAAACAGAGAAAGCAAAGGAAUUGACUACAUCUGGCAACAUAAUGCUUUCUAUGUCCAUACUAUCAAUAGUCAUCAGGAGUAAAAACUCCACAACUUUUAAUGUUAUAUAUAUUUUUGAUAUCUUUAAACAUCACAUAUCUAUCAUGUUCGUUAGCUAAAUGUUUACGUAUUGUUUGUUGAUGUUUCAUUUCGUUUUAUUUUUAGGCGUUUCUUUCAUAAUAAAAUAUAUAACCGCA